CAAGGUAAAAUCAAAUUUACCCUCUAAACUCCCGCCAUCUCCCGCUGAGAGAUAGGGCUGCGAAGUAGCGCUCGACCCAGAGCCGCCCCACCCCAGAUAAUCCAAGAACUGGAAAAUGGCAGGAGCGUCAGAGCCCCAAGCCUCCGCAUUUUCGGCGGCGGAGUUGGAGUUUCUUGCCGAGGAUGAAAUGAUUGAGAUUGUGCCGAAUCUGAGGAUGGAUCCGCUCAAUUUCAUCUCGGGAGACUUUGGUCCUUUUAGACCGCAAAUAGCGACUCAAGUGCCACUUUGGUUAGCGGUGGCCUUGAAGAAGAGAGGCAAGUGCACUAUUCGAGCUCCGGAAUGGAUGUCUGUUGAUAAGUUAGCACAAGUGUUGGAAGCAGAGCGGGAUUCUGAGAAGUUUCAGCAUUUGCCAUUCCAUUAUGUAGAAAUAGCAAGGCUUCUUUUUGAUUAUGCUCGGGAGGACAUUCCUGAUAUCUACAUGGUGAGGUCCCUCAUUGAGGACAUCAAGGAUGUGCGCUUUCAUAAAAUUGGGACAGGCUUGGAAAUUAUCUCGAGGGAACGUACUUAUGCACUCAGGCUCAAAAAUUUAUCUGCUAUGGAAGCAAAUAUAGUGCGCCCAUUUGUUACAAGAGCUCUUGAGACAUUUUACAAGCUUAGCAGUUCUGAGAUGAUACAAGAAUCGGAUCACAUUCCCAAUAGACAGCCCCAAGCAACCAAUCGUGGGCCAAGACGGCAACUGAAAGAUAGAUGACCUGGUCUGAAGAUCCCUGUACAAAUGUCUUGGUAAAGUUGCUCCGAUGCCUUUAAGUUUAUGAUCAAGCAAAAGUAUGUCAUUCACUGAGCUGAUAUAGUUGAAGAGAAUCACUAUCCGAUCAUAUUUGGCUUCUGAUGUAAGUUCAAUUGCAUGCUUUUUUCCUUAAGCUGCUUUACAUUUCUGCAGGUGAGAUAGCAACUUUUGCCGUUAUUGUGGAUCCAACUAGUAUAAAUAGUUAACGGAUAAUCUUAUGACCGCUUUACAGGCGCUCUAGUGUAAAUAAUUGAUGGGGGGUGAUUUUUUUAUGACAAUUCUGUCAAAAUAAUUCCAGUAAGAAACUAAUCUUGAGCAACCAUUGACGUAUGAGAAUUCUCCCAUUAAUGUAAA